UAGCUCUCAUUGAGUCUAGCCAAUAGAAGAACGUUUAAGGGUCACGUGACUCCCUACACAUUCGCACGCGUUUUAGCUGUCACUGCUUUGCAAUGGUUAUACUGAAAGGAAUCCCAUCAAUACUGACACCUGAAUUAUUGUAUGCUUUGGCGCGUAUGGGUCAUGGAGAUGAACUGGUUCUUGCUGACGCAAAUUUUCCAACCGCAUCUAUUUGUAAAUGUGGUCCAGCGGAGAUAAGAGCCGAUGGCCUGGGUAUACCAGAACUUUUGAAGUCAAUACUAAAGCUUUUUCCUCUUGAUACAUAUGAUGAUCCGGCAUUUGUCAUGGACCUUGUGCAGAGUGACAAAUUAAAGGGUCUGAAAGUGCCUGUAUGGGACCAGUACUCUGAGCUUCUGAAACAAGCAGGAUCAGAUGCUAGUUUAAAGUUAGUUGAGCGGUUUGCUUUUUAUGAGCGAGCCAAAAAUGCAUUCGCUGUAGUGGCAACCGGGGAGACUGCACUAUAUGGGAAUCUCAUCAUUAAGAAAGGUGUAAUUCCGCCUGAUGAACAAUGCUAAAAGAAUAACUGAUUCCAUUUUUAGUGAGUUAUUACAUCAAAAAUUAUAAAAAAUACAAUAUUUUUAUGAAAUAUUGUAUAUAGUAUUAUAUAAAAGUGUAUUAAAUUGUUGUACUAUUAUAUAAGUAUAUGGAAUAAAUCUAUUUUGGAGUACAACUAUUACAAACCAUUACGGUCAGCAAAUUUUUAUGCUUUCCAGUUAGAAGGUUAGAAAUAAUGGGUCAAGCAUACAAUUUCAUUUUGUUUUCUUUUAUUCUGUCUGUUUACUCUAGCUGAAUUGAGCUCUGUAAAUGUUUUCCUUUUUGGAAUAUUUCUACAAAAAAUGCUUUUGUAAAAAUUUUCUGAUUUACAUGAAUGAAAACGAAUAAAGAAAAUGUUCAGAAAGUUGACAAA